AUGCCGCCGCGUCUCAACCUUUUCACCGCACGGGCGGUCCCCGUUCUUCGUCAGUCCGCCAACAGCUCGGCUGCUUCCCGACGCAGUUUUGCGACCAUCCUCAACACCAACCGGCCUUGCGCGGCCUCGACUGGCCAUGGCUUGAAGUCUGGCCUGUCGGCUUCCGUUCGGACGCAGAGGAGGUGCAACUCCUCGGGCUCUGAUGGUCAGGAUAGACCCAAGGGCCCGACCGAGGACCCUUUGCCCCAUGUUAGCGAAGAGGCCGCGGAGGUCAGCAAGAUCAUGGAUAAGAAGUGCGAUGGUACCCCGGCCAGUCCUGAAUUGGAACAGGGAACGCCUAUUUCUGAGAUUCUGCAACGUGAUAAAGAGGCCCUGAAGCACAUGCCCAAGGUCAUGCAAGAUCAGAUGAAGCGCCCCUCCGGUAGCCGUUCAUUCUCGACGUCCGCUCGCCGCCUGCAGCCAGAACUUCAGGGAAAGGAAUUCGAUGAUGCCUCGGCGUCGGUCGUUGCCAACAUGAUCUCCCAGGUCAACCAGCAGGCCACCGAACUUCACCCUGGACUCAAGUUCGAAGCGCCUGAGAACCUUCCCAAUACCGAGAACUUCCGCAAGAGAUACGAGACGAUAGUGGAGCAGUUCACUAAGCUGCUUAUGCAAGAUGGCAAGCUGAGCAAGGCUCAGAACACUAUGGCAUUCAUUCUGGAUCACUUGCGCACUGCUCCUCCUCCGAACAUCAACCCCCGGCGCCGUUUGCUCCCGGGCCCUCCCGCUCCUCAGCUCCCUCUCAACCCCGUCCUCUAUCUCACCUUGAUUGUCGACUCUGUCGCGCCUUUGCUCAAGCUCCGUCAACAGAAGGGUAUCGUUGGUGGUGGUGUGUCUGUGCAGGUCCCUUCUCCUCUCGCUCUGAGACAGCGCCGGAGAACCGCGAUCAAGUGGAUCAUCGACGCCUCUGACAAGCGUAAGGAUAGUCUGUUUGGCCAGCGCGUGGCUAAUGAGCUGGUUGCUGUCGCCGAGGGCCGCAGUGGAGUGUGGGAAAAGAGAGAGCAGCUAGUGUUAGCGGCACGACUUGAGAACGUGGAACGUCGCCCAUCCAACACCCUCGCACAAAUACGCUGGACAGUCUCCGGCCGCUGUCUCUGCUGCCCCGCUCUUCCCUGCCUCUUUUCCUUCCUGUCCAACACCGUGUCGUCGAAUGCCGGCGAUCGAACCUGGGCACGCAUCGCUUCUGCGAGGGGUGCCUCUCCCGACGAUAACGACGUAACCCCAAGCGGCCAGUCCAUCGAACUCGCCCAGUAUCCUGACACACCUGCCACAACUGCCCGCCAGUCUCACGCGACUCUUCCUCCUACCCAGCUGACUGACCCGGGGUCUGAAUCUCCUCCCUACCAUCGUACAGACCACCGGGAAGGUCAUCCUCAGAAGUCUACACAGCGGGACAAACCGGUUAUCAUCAAAUAUUGGAUAGAAGCUCUUCGUCGUCACCCUCACCGCCACCAGACUAGCGGUUCCGCCGACAAGAUGAAGUUCUCACAUAGCAUUCAGUUCAAUGCGGUGCCGGACUGGAGUGCUUAUUAUUUGGCUUACAGCAAUCUCAAGAAACUGAUUUACUCCCUAGAACAGGAAGUGCAUCGAUCGGCCGGACAUGACCAUGUAGAUGUUGAACAAGCGCCAUUGUUAGAUGGCGGAAGUUUGAACACUGAUGCGAUAUUUCGUCGGGCUCUGGAUGCAGAGUUGGAGAAGAUCUGCUCGUUUUAUCAAUCUAAGGAGGCGGAGAUAUUCACAGAGGUCGAGGAUGUCCUCCGAGAUGCCGAGGAAUAUUCGCACAGGGCCGAUACUAUGAAUGUCGAUCCCAUGAGUGAUGCCAUGAUCAAGGGUCGCACGGCCAGUUCAAGCUCCAGACAGCGGCCUGGGAGCAUUGUUCGUCCGGUGCCAUCGAACCAGGAACGGCGUCAUAGCGCAUUCAGUGAAACACUGGCCGAUGAUGACGAUGACGAUGCAGACAGUGACGACGAACCCGCGAAUCAGUAUCGACCGCGGUCGCAUGGCGCCGAGUCUAGCAAUCCGGAUGGUAGUCGUACGGACGACAUGAGGGAUUCUGUGCUCUGGGGUGCCGAUUCUCGGAUUCUGGGCUACAGCGGUCCGUCCACGCACCGCGGGGGUGCACACGAUGAGCACUUUUCAGAUCCAAUUGUCGUAGAUCUCUACAAUUCCGGGCUCUCGCUGAAGAAGCGGGCUGUUGCGACUUAUGUUUCCAUCUGUGGACUCAAGUCGUACAUUCAGCUUAACAAGACCGGAUUCUCCAAGGCGCUGAAGAAGUACGAUAAGAUCCUUGACCGCAAUCUGCGUCGGGAGUACAUGAAUUCUGUCGUGUCUUUGACGUAUCCCUUCAAAGAUUCUACCAUGGAAAAGGUGGAUGACAACAUUCGCAAAGUCGAAGAGGUCUACGCGAAUGUCGUCACCACCGGUAACAUUCCCCUCGCCAAACGUGAACUCCGCCUGCACCUCAGGGAACAUGUUGUUUGGGAGCGAAACACGGUCUGGAGAGAGAUGAUUGGUAUCGAAAGGAAGGCUCAAGCUGCGAACGUCGGUAUUCGCAGGACGCUUCUGGGCGGAGACGAGGAUCCUUCCAGAGCUCGACGCCAAGGGGAUGAGCAGGAAGUGGUGUCCAAGAUGCUCAGGACGCCAUUUGGAGUCAUCCGGAUUCCGCAGUGGCUUUGCAGUCUGAGUCUUGUCACCCUCGUUCUCAUCCUACUUGUCUUUGGCAUUUUGUUGUCCGUCCCGAUAAUGGAGAAGCCGGAACAGCAGAAUUGUCUGGCCAUGCUGGUUUUCGUCAGCUUGCUGUGGGCUACAGAGGUUAUUCCUCUAUUCGUCACGUCGCUACUCAUUCCUUUCCUCGUCGUGAUGCUCCGUAUUAUGUUAUCCGACAACAAGCCCCACGAACGCUUAGGACCGAAGGAAGCCACCGCCGCUGCUUUCAGCGCCAUGUGGACGCCAGUCAUCAUGCUGCUGCUUGGAGGCUUCACCAUCGCUGCGGCGCUGUCCAAGUACGAUAUCGCUCGUCGUAUGGCCAUGUUCGUCCUGAGUAAAGCCGGGUCCAAUCCCAACAUCUUGCUUCUCACCAACAUGUUUGUGAGCAUGUUUCUGAGUAUGUGGAUCAGCAAUGUCGCCUCGCCGGUGCUCUGCUACUCGAUCAUCCAGCCUCUGUUGCGUAAUCUGGCGCCCGAUUCCAGCUUUGCCAAGUCCCUUGUCCUAGGUAUUGCUUUGGCCGCCAACGUGGGCGGUGCCGCGUCGCCAAUCGCAUCGCCUCAAAACAUCAUCGCUUUGCAGAAUAUUUAUCCGAGCAUGAGCUGGGGGACCUGGUUCUUCAUCUCACUGCCAGUUUGCAUUAUCUCCAUUGUCGCGAUCUGGAUGCUUCUGGUGCUUACCUUCAAGCCCGGUCGCGAGACGGCCGUCGCCAUCCGUCCCUUGAAAGACAAGUUCACAGGAGUACAGUGGUUCAUCAGUAUUGUCACGCUGUCCACAAUUGCGUUGUGGUGUGGCAGUCACCAACUCGAGCAUAUUUUCGGAGACAUGGGCGUUAUCGCCAUUAUUCCGAUGGUCCUGUUCUUCGGCACGGGUAUCCUUAAUAAAGAGGAUUUCAACAACUUCCUCUGGACGAUCAUCAUUCUGGCCGCUGGUGGUCUCUGCCUCGGAAAGGCCGUCACGUCCUCGGGUCUCCUUCACACCCUUGCGAAUGCCAUCCGCCUGCGGGUGGAGCACCUAAGUCUCUAUGGUGUGCUGCUUGUGUUCUCCGCCCUCAUCCUGGUCAUUGCCACGUUCAUCUCCCACACCGUGGCCGCCCUGAUCAUGCUCCCGCUUGUGCGACAGAUCGGACUCGGCAUGGAUGACCCGCACCCGAACCUGCUCGUGAUGGCGAGCGCAUUGAUGUGUUCGGUAGCCAUGGCUCUACCGACCAGUGGCUUCCCUAACAUGACGGCCAUCAUGACCGAGGUACCCCAGACGGGUCAGCGGUAUCUGCAAGUCCGUCAUUUCUUCACCCGCGGUAUCCCCGCCAGCUUGAUGUCUUUUGCCGUAAUUGUAACGGUAGGAUACGGGCUGAUGUACAUUGCUGGACUGUGA